UAAGGGACUCGUGAUUCGGAUGUUCAGUUGCAGUUAAGUCCGUGCGCGUGUGUAAGUGUGUGAUUCCGAUCAGACAGAUACGAAGACUCACCAAAGUGGCUUCGAGGGAAUCAGUCUACGACGUGCCGAAAAAGGUCACCAUAAUGUCGCCGGACAUGGACAAGAAAGCAGAAGAAGAAGAGGAUAAAGAAGAGCAGAACAUUAAGCAGAGGAAAACUCUGAAAGACUGGGGCAAGGAGCUUUGGCAGUUGAUUUUCAAGAUUUUGGAGCUGAUUCUAUGCGCUUUUUGUCUGGCAUGUUUCUUCGAGCCGGCGAAAAUGAGCAUCAGAGACAGGCCGUUGCAGUUCCAGCUGGACCAAUCCGGCUUGAUGUUCACCACGUUCGCCGGCUACAUCCUAAUCAACCUGGUGCUGCUGGUCAGUUGGUUGCUCGGCGACAAAAUGCCGUACAAAAUGUCCGCCGCUUUUUCGGUGUGCGCUUCGGCGUUAUUCUUGGUGUCGGGCAUAUUCUUGAUCGUCGGCAGAAGAAAGUUCGACGAGCCGCACAUGUAUUUAACCACCAUGAUGACGUCAGCGACCGCGUUCGCUUUCGUGAACGCCGCGCUGUUUGCCGCCGACGGAAUUUUCAGUUUUGUAACGCGUCAGGACUUCGAAAACAUUUAUUUGAAGGGGUAAAACGAGGCGGGGGUCGCGUUUCUUGUAAUUUUGUUCCCUUCUAUGCUUGUGUGGUCGGAGUCGGAGAAUGCAAACGUUACUUAAACCACCAUACUAAUUUGAUGCCCAAAUUUUUGGAAAAAUUUGCAACCCGUAGCUCCGCGCGUCGUAUACCGAGUGUUCACAACAAAACUUCCUACUUCGAAUAAUGAAGAUUUUGAAAAAUCGUUAAAAUAAUUUUUAAAAAUAUGGGUCAACUUUUUGUGUAAAAAUUUGCCCUUUUGCCCUUCUGCCCACACCGAACUUAUCUCGUAUGGAAAGAUGCCUUACUUUUGAUAUUUGAUUUAAAUCGGUUUGUUGACAUUCAAGAAUCUUUCUUUUUUAUUGUUGAAAAGUAUUCUUUUCUAUUUUUUUAAUUUAAUGAUAAUUUUUUAAGCGUUUUUUAAUUAUCCGAGGAGUAUUAAAAUGUGUAUACAUAUUUAAUAAAGCUUAAGCUUCAUUUAAAAGGCGUUUUCAAUAUUGAGCUCAGCUGCUUUUACUAGGUCUUAAGACUUUAAAAAAGUUUGUUCAUUCCGUAGAAAUACUGCGGAAGCCUUACUUGUUUUGAAAGCUAUUCUCAGCAACUAGCUGUAGCUGUAAUUGUGUAUAUAUUUUUAGAAAUUAUCAAAUUCCGUCCACGAAACGAUAGCUGUAAACUAAUUUAUAGGUAUUAUAUUUAUAUUAUUAUACCAUAUAGUAUAUUUAUAGGUAGUAUAUUUGAAAAUACCCAGUAAUUUAAGACUACUUAACAUGUCGCGAAUAAAUAAUGACUGACAACCUAUUGAUAGUUUUUUUCAGUAUAAGUCAUUUUUCAAAUGUAUUUUUUAUUACUUGUUACUACAACUUUAGGUUAGAAAUUUCACUAUCAUACCCGUUUUUUGGUUUUAUUUAGAUGAAAUUUAGGAAGUAGGCAAUAAAUAGACGGCGGCAUAAUCAUUGUUUUAUUUUAUCUAUUUUAUUAACAUCAUCUCCAAGCAACCAAUCACCAAGCUUAAAACGUUUCUCUCAGUGUUUCACGACCAUCUGAUUGAUAAAAAUUUUUUCUCAGUGUAACACUGAUCGAAACUGGUGCCAAACUCAUCAAAUGAUUAUUAAAUAUAUAAAUAUGAUUAUAUAAAUAAAACAUUUUCUUGUAUUUGUUAAUCUGCUUUUAACUUUUUCAAAAAUUAAAGAAUAUUGAAAAAAUACAUGCUAAUAUAUUCCGCAAAUUUCCAAUAUUUUUAUAACGUUAGAAAGAUUAAAUUUUUUGGAAUUUCUAAGUGUAUCAAUCUGUAUGCGCUUUUUUCUGAGGUUUUUUAAGAAGCUAGAUUGUUAUAAAUUGUAUUUCUUCUUUUUUUAAUAUUUCAGUUUAACAAACAGUUCUUAAUAGCUCAUGAAUACUUUUAUAACAGUGUUGGAGAGGAUUAUUUAAUUAUAAAAAUACCUAAACAUAUUUUAAUUUGCGUAAAAACAUCUAUAGUUUUAAUAUUUACGUAUUCUAGAACCUUACUGAUAGAUCUUCAUAACUGGAAGAAGGGGUUAAUGAGUCCUAUAUUUGUUCUUAUAUACAUUUAAUAUAUACUAUUUAGAUAUCUAGUAUUGUACCCAUUGUACACAGUUACAUCAUACAUCUGUGUUUUAUAGAUUAAUUAAAUUAAAUUAGUUUAAUUUUUUCAAACUUUCAAUAUAACUAUAAACCAAGGAAUAUUAAGACGUUUUUUCUCUUUUUUUUUGUUU